AACGUAGAAUCUUAAAAUAUGAGAUAGCCAUUCACUUCUACCGAGAUCCGACCAUAAAUAAAAGAGCAUAAAGGAGUUAGAUUUUCAACAUAUUGGGCAUUUCGAUAUCCAUGGUGACAGAUACGAACGCCGAGCAAGUCCUCGCCGGAGAAGCGUCGAGUAGCCAUCUGAAAAGGCAACGACUUUCCUCCCUUGUCGAAGGCGGCGAGAAUGUUGGAGAAGUAACGGGUGACGAGGUUACAACAACGGAGGUACGAUCAGGGAUGUUGUUGGAUCUGGAUCUUCUGGACUGUCCUGUUUGUUGCCACGCACUGACAAAUCCUAUCUUUCAGUGUGAUAAUGGACAUAUAGCUUGCUCUGCUUGCUGUAUCGACCUGAGGAACAAAUGCCCUUCCUGCACUUUGCCUAUUGGUAUCCACCGAUGCAGAAUAAUGGAGAGAGUUGUGGAAGCAAUCAUGGUCCCAUGCCCUAAUGCAAAACGUGGCUGCACCGACAAGUUCUCUUAUGGCAAAGAGUUGGCCCAUGAGAAGGAAUGCAGUUUCGCUCUAUGCUACUGUCCUGCAUCAGACUGCAACUACGCUGGUCUGUGCAAGGAUCUCUACCGUCACUACCAUGCUAACCACCGUGGCUAUUGUGAAACUUUCACGUGUGGCUUUAACGCGGACGCAUGGAUGCACAUCAGUGAUAAGAUUUUGGUUCUUCAGGAAGGUAGAGGAGGUGCAUUGGUUGCAGUUCAGUGUUUCGAGGAGGAACAAGGAGUGUAUGUGACUGUGAACUGUAUAGCACCUUGUGCUCCUGGAGUUUCAGAGUUCUCCUAUCAACUCUCUUACUCGCACGGAGAUAAAUCCAUGUCGUUUGGAUUGGAUGAGAUGGAUAGGAUUCAGAAAGUGAGCUUCCAAACUCCUGAGAAGGACUUCAUGUUCGUUCCUCACUAUUUCUUGAACGGGCGGGAAAGUUUGAAGAUGAAAAUUUGCAUCCGCAGGCGAGGAGAAGAACAAGAAAAGAAAACAUGAUAGGGGAGGCUGAAGUUGUUGACAAAGCUAGCUAGUAGUAGUAUUUGUGUUUAUCAUCUAAAUAUUUGCUUCACUGUUGGACUUUCGGUGGGAGUUUAGCUAUUUUGGACCCAGUUUUAGUUUCAUUGGUCUUUAGCCAGUUUCUGUCGCUAGAGGAAGGCUAUAACUCCAAGUAUCAAGACUGAAGUUGUUGACAAAGUUAAUAGUAGUUGUUGUGUUUACUAUCUAAAUAACUGCGUCACUCUAAGACUUGUUCUGAACUUGGCUAUUUUGGACUCUGUUUUACUUUCUUUGGUCUAUCUGUGGUCUUUA